AUGGAAUCUUUAACUAUGAAAAACAGUGCAAAAAAUUUUACUAUUAGAGCUGCAGCAACUCCAAUUCCAACACUUGUGGAAUUGAGAGAAGAAGGAAAUAAAAUCGUGUUUUCAGGACAUGGUGCUAUCGCAAAGUUACUUCUUACAAUUCAAGAAGUUCUUGGAUUCAGUUUUGAAGUAAAUAUCGUUAAGAGUUAUGGAAUGCUUCUGGAAAAUGGGUCUUGGACAGGAAAAAUUGGAGCUGUCUACAAUAAUGCAAGUAUUAAAACAGAAUCGGAUGUAUCUUUGCCUCAUAUUAUGAGUUACCAACAUUCAAAACUAAUUGACUUCACUAUACCUUAUUGGACUGCAGAUAUUAUAUUCUGUUUAAGAAAGGGAAAACAAAACUCAAAACUGUAUGCUAUUACAUAUCCUUUUGAGAUAGAGGUUUGGAUUGCAACGUUUAUCGCUUUUGUUAUUGGAGUGAUCGUUUUCAAUUUAAUUUUUAAUAUGAGUGCAAAAUAUUAUUGCGAUAGGAAGACUUCUUUAUCUAACAUCGUGAUGGCUAUAUUUUCAUCAUUUACAAAUAAAGGAAAUAGUAUUUUUCAACCUACUGGACAGAGUCGCAAACUGCUCGUAAUCAUGUGGAUUCUUGCUAUAUCUAUUCUUGGAUAUAGCUAUAGCGGAUGUUUGAUGUCAUUUCUAACAUUUCCUGGUUUAGAAGACGUACCUAGAACAUUUCCCCAGUUAAUUCAAGCUAUAAAUAGCGGGCAUUACAAAUUGAGUACUAAUUUGAAAUCAGCAGUAGGAGCGAUUGUUAAGGUAUUUUAUCUUUAA